GCGCAGAGGCUUCUGGGUAAGUGGCUCAGCCGAGCCUGUCAGUUGGGGCUCCGAGGACUGUGUGCCGCGCCGCUCCUCCCAGGAUGGCUACCCUGGUUGUAAACAAGGCUGGAGCGGGGCUGGACAGUGGUCGACAGGGCAGCCGGGGAACGGCUGUGGUGAAGGUUCUGGAAUGUGGAGUGUGUGAAGAUGUCUUUUCUUUGCAAGGAGACAAAGUUCCUCGCCUUCUGCUUUGUGGCCACACAGUGUGUCAUGACUGCCUCACUCGCUUACCUCUUCAUGGAAGAGCAAUACGUUGCCCAUUCGAUCGACAAGUGACAGACCUAGGUGAUUCAGGUGUUUGGGGGUUGAAAAAAAAUUUUGCUUUAUUAGAGCUUUUGGAACGACUACAGAAUGGACAUAUUGGUCAAUAUGGAGCUGCAGAAGAAGCCAUUGGCAUAUCUGGAGAGAGUAUCAUUCGUUGUGAUGAAGAUGAAGCUCACGUUGCAUCUGUGUAUUGCACUGUGUGUGCAACUCACUUGUGCUCAGAGUGUUCUCAAGUUACUCAUUCUACAAAGACUUUAGCAAAGCACAGGCGAGUGCCUCUAGCUGAUAAACCUCAUGAGAAAACCAUGUGCUCUCAGCACCAAGUACAUGCCAUUGAGUUUGUUUGCUUGGAAGAAGGUUGUCGGACCUGCCCACUCAUGUGCUGUGUCUGCAAAGAAUAUGGAAAACAUCAAGGCCAUAAGCAUUCAGUAUUGGAACCAGAAGCUAACCAGAUCCGAGCAUCAAUUUUAGAUAUGGCUCACUGCAUACGGACCUUCACUGAGGAAAUCUCAGAUUAUUCUAGAAAAUUAGUUGGAAUCGUUCAGCACAUUGAAGGCGGAGAACAAAUAGUGGAAGAUGGAAUCGGAAUGGCACACACAGAACAUGUACCAGGUACUGCAGAGAAUGCACGAUCAUGUGUCCGAGCUUAUUUUUCUGAUCUACAUGAAACUCUGUGUCGUCAAGAAGAGAUGGCACUAAGUGUGGUUGAUGCUCACGUUCGUGAAAAACUGAUUUGGCUCAGGCAGCAACAAGAAGAUAUGACUAUUCUGUUGUCCCAAGUUUCAACUGUCUGCCUCCAUUGUGAAAAAACUUUGCAGCAGGAUGAUUGUAGAGUUGUCUUGGCAAAACAGGAAAUUACAAGGUCUUUGGAAACAUUGCAGAAACAGCAGCAGCAGUUUACAGAGGUCGCAGAUCACAUUCAGUUGGAUGCCAGCAUCCCUGUCACUUUUACAAAGGACAACAGAGUUCACAUUGGACCCAAAAUGGAAAUUCGAGUUGUUACAUUGGGAUUAGAUGGUGCUGGAAAAACUACCAUUUUGUUUAAGUUAAAACAGGAUGAGUUCAUGCAGCCCAUUCCAACAAUUGGUUUUAAUGUGGAAACUGUAGAAUAUAAAAAUCUAAAAUUCACCAUUUGGGAUGUCGGUGGAAAACACAAAUUAAGACCAUUGUGGAAACAUUAUUACCUCAAUACUCAAGCUGUCGUAUUUGUUGUUGAUAGCAGUCAUAGAGACAGAAUUAAUGAAGCACACAGUGAACUUGCAAAGUUAUUAACCGAAAAAGAACUCCGAGAUGCUUUGCUCCUGAUUUUUGCUAACAAACAGGAUGUUGCUGGAGCACUGUCAGUAGAAGAAAUCACUGAACUUCUCAGUCUCCAUAAGCUAUGCUGUGGCCGUAGCUGGUUUAUUCAGGGCUGUGAUGCUCGCAGUGGUAUGGGGCUGCAUGAAGGAUUGGACUGGCUCUCACGGCAACUUGUAGCAGCUGGAGUAUUGGAUGUUGCUUGAUUUCAGGUGCCACAAUUGUUUAGGUUUGUGGUUAAGACUUAUUUUGCACGUAAUAUAUAAGAAAUUCUACAUCACAAAUACAGUAGUUGAUUAAGGAUGCACAUAGAAAAGAAUCUUGCACUGGGAACGAAGUAUGUUACUGCUUUUAAAAAAUUACUCUGUGACAAAAUUUGAAUUGUCAUAGCAGAAUAGGUUCGAUUAACUAGAAAUUUUUAAGAUUUCCAUAUUAUAUUUUACCCCAAUAUUGGGAAAAAGUUGUCACAGUCAAAGGAUAAGUGAAGGUUUUGUUUAUCCCAGUGAAUAACGUAUACCGAGUGCCUAGUAUAGCCUGUGUAGAGCAAGGAAGUCCUAACUUCUUUAACUUGCCUUUUCACUGAAUUUUGGCUAGUUGGAGACAUGGCAGUUGCUUAAUGAAACAGCAUAAACUGCAUUUGGGAGUACUAGGAUUACUUCAAUGUUCAGUGCAACAGAACAUCUGUAAUGCAAAGAACUAUAAAGUAUAAAGUGAAUAUUUUAUACAAUGUUUUACUAAAACUUUUCUUCUAAGGCAUUUUGUAUAAAACAGAGAAUGUUAUCUUACUAGGCCCAAGUGUGCUAAAAUGAAGAGUUAUUAAUAAAACUGUGAAAGUCAUUUAGUCUUCUCCUAGGCUUAUUUGCUAGGCCAGAGCUUUAAAUUGGUCCUUCCACUUUUCAACAUAUUGUUUAUUUUUAAAAUAUUCUAUCCUCUGUAGGAGUGAUUGUAGGUAAAGAAUAGCCUACCAAUUUAUGGCUCUUUACAUAAGAGAACUAAAUAGCUUUACUUAAAGAACUAAAUCGGAAUCUCAUAAAAGAGAACUAAGUAGAAAACAACCUUUAAGAGUGAUUAUUCCAAACAAUAGGGAAACCUAUUACUUAUUUUUAAAAUUUCCCAAAAUAAGUGCAUUUAUUCAACAACAAAAAAUACAUGAUUAAGGCUUUUCAUUAGAAAGCCUCAUAGUUAUUUAAGAGGAAAGACAUAUCUAGAAGGAUAAAAAAACUUUCAGAAAGUUUACAUUUGUAUGCAGUGUUGUGAAUAAAAGUAAAAAACAUUGUGCUCUUUGUUACUCAUUUUUAAAUGAUACUCAUGGAAGCAUGAUUUUAUUGUAUUUAAAUAGUUAUAGGUUUUUGUUUUUUAAAGUUCUUCAUACUUCAGGAUGAAGUUCAACCUUCAGUCUUAUUAGCUGAAUUGUUUCAAAGAAAGUGAUGUCUGAUGAUAAGAUGUGACUUAGGUGGCACUGUUACAAUUCAUUCUUUAGAUUUUUUAAACAAUUUUAAAAGUCCAUCAGUGUUAUGGGCAAUAUGUAAAUAAGUAUAAUAUUUUGUCCUUUGUUUUUCAAGCUACAGGUCAUGCUGUUACUAGUAGUUUGUGUGUGUAAGUGACACUUUGGAAUUAAGUUAUUUAAUAUUUGACUGACUUCAAUGUAACUGUGAAAAAUAAAAAUGGUAUUGCAUUUGCCUGCAAGCCCUUAACUGUUUUCUGUACUAAGUAAUUGAAGAAAAUGUAACAUUAACAUAUGAACUUGCUUUCCUUAUAAAUUAUUUCACUGAUUUUGGUAAACUUUGUAAUUGCAUUCAUAUAACUGAACAGUUUUAAAACUUGGCUCAGGCCUGAACAUAAGGUACAU